AUCCUCCGUCCUCCCUCAAGUUUCGUUCAAGUCUUAAAUCCCGCAGAUCAGCGGAAGAAAGAAAUCGGCAAAAAUCUAGCAAAGAUGUCUUGGCAACAGUACGUCGACGAGCACUUGAUGUGUGACAUUGAUGGCAACAGCCUCACCGCCGCCUCCAUCAUCGGCCACGACGGCAGCGUUUGGGCCCAGAGCGCCACCUUCCCUCAGUUUACAGCUGAAGAAAUAACUGCCAUCAUGAAGGAUUUUGACGAACCAGGAUCCCUAGCACCAGUUGGCCUACACCUUGGUGGUGUAAAAUAUAUGGUGAUCCAGGGUGAAGCUGGAGCUGUGAUAAGAGGAAAGAAGGGCUCUGGUGGUGUCACCAUUAAGAAGACCAGUAUGGCCUUGAUCAUUGGUAUAUAUGAUGAGCCUCUAACACCUGGUCAGUGCAACAUGAUCGUGGAAAGGCUCGGUGAUUAUCUAAUUGAACAGGGCCUCUAGUUUCUGAGUUUUCAGCAUUUACAACUUCAAUGGAGAGCUCGGUGUGAAAGAUGAAGUUAUUUGGUAGAAUGGAUGUUGGCUUCUUUAUCUUGUAUGACAAAGAUUGUCUUUAUGUUCUCAAACUACCGUACUGGAUUGGAAUGCAAUGAUUUACAGUGGGAAAUGAGAAUGUUGUUUCAAUGAAAUUCUUAUGUUGUGAAUUAAAGUGUUUUGGGUUCUUUUUUGGGCCAUAAAUUAAAGUGUUUUAGUUAGACUGAUGAUUUUAGUACAGUUCCAAAAUUUGUCUGGAAAUCUUGUUUUGUAAGUUUAUAGUACUAGAUUUGUGAGAGAUUACUUAUGAUUUUUUAAUUAAUUGAGUGGUUUUAACGCAGAGAUUCUUCAUUAAAUCACAUCUAAAGUUGUUAUGUGCAAGUUAAGAGGUCUUGGCAUUCAGUCCUUCGACAUGUGGUGAUGGAUGAGAUGAAGAGUAAAGAGAUGAGAUAUAUUAUGAAUAUAAGUUUUUUCGGUUCAAGUCUGGGCCUCUCUCUUUCUUGUUCAGUCUCUACCUUCACUUUGAGUUCUUCUUACUCUCUAGUCGUUGAAGCUAGAGGGUAUGAAUAAAAGUAAUUUUUUUUGAGAGUUUAAUAGUUUAGAAAAGGGUUUGUCCCUCUCUUUUGGGUUUUUGUCUAAACUCUCUCAAUGAAUUUUAUAGAGUUUUGCCUAUCAUGGAAAAGAAAGAUGGUAUGAAUGU